UUACUAGUGGUAAGAGGGUGGCGAUAACGCGAUCGUUUGACGAGGAUCGAGCGCGGGGGCGAAGACGGACGGGGAUACAAACGUCGUGGACACCCCGUAGAGAGGUGUAUAUUAGACGCGAUGCGUCGCGACGCACGUAUCAGAAGGACGCUGGACACGAUCGAGAGAUCUGGUUCGAGGAAUAAUUCUUGCGUGACCAUCGGGAGACCAAGCGUUCGCCGGAAAGAUCUAGACAUGAUGAUGCAUCAGCAGCAGACUACCCAAUCAUCAUCCAACGACGAUUUCGCGAUGUAUCCAUCGGCCGCGUAUCAUUCCUCGUGUUCGACGCUACUGUCGUCAACGUCGACGUCGACGUCGACCUCGUCGUCGUCGAGGUCGUCGUCCGCGAGAUCGUCCUGUUCCUUGCUGGUGUCCGUUCUCACGUGGUCGUUGACGCUGCUGUUAAUCUCGUCCUGCAUCGGGCUGGGCGCGGACGCCGCAACCCUUAACGGCCAUUUCCUGGGCAAAAGGUCGUUCUUCGACAUCCAGUGCAAGGGCGUGUACGACAAGAGCAUCUUCGCCCGUCUGGACCGCAUCUGCGAGGACUGCUACAAUCUCUUCCGGGAACCGCAAUUGCACAUGCUUUGCAAGCAAGACUGCUUCAGCACACAAUACUUCACGAGCUGCAUCCAGGCGCUGCUGCUUGAGGACGAGAAGGAAAGGUUUCAGGAGAUGGUCGAGUACCUAGGUCGCAAGAAGUAAACGGGACAUGGUCGGAGCAACGACGCGCCGCACCACGAAGGAGACACAUCACACGGUACACACGCUCUCAUACACACACGCACACACACACACAUGCAAACAUAAAAACACGCGCGCGCAUACACGAUCACAUACGUAAGACCAAGAAGGAGAUCGAUGCAGAACGCGGUCUCGAAAAGGACUACAAGGAGAACGAAGAGGAGGGCUUCGACGCGUUGAUCGUCGUCGUUCCGCGAACUUCGAGGAGUCUGCGGCUUUACAAGAUUUAAUUUACAUCUAACAAGAUAUACCAUUCAUCACCUGAAGAGAGAACGGACGAGAGAGAUGAUUCGGAUGUCGCGUUGGAGAACGGUGAACGUCCCGACCGAGCCGCGCGUGUCGAUCUCCGGAUUCCGGAUAGUUUCAUCCUAAGAUUGUCUGAUUGCGGAUGACCUGGAGAACGAUACGGUACUUAUAACGUUCAUGAGGUUGAAAAAGACUCGUGGAUGAGGAAAAUUCGCGGUCGCAUCUGACACGUGCGAUUUGUCUGUCGACUCGAGACGUGAUUUCGGUGUCCAAGCCGCGGUGUAGGUGAGGGAUAUCGUAAAACGUCGUUCUGUUCUAAUAUCGGCGAGUACUCGCGGUGCGAUGAGAGUACAAUUGAGAGAAUUCGGAGGGAGACCGGAAGGGAGACCGGCGAUCCUCUUCGCGGUGAGUCGCGUCGUUGCUUGACACGAUGAAGAAUGAAGUUACACAAUAAUACACUAAAUAACGAGCCACGGGGGAGCGAAACGGUACGAUUGCGCCAUACAAAUAAACACACACAUAUACACACAGCGAAUCUCACAUCCAUACGAAUUCUAGUCGAUAAAAUAUCUGCGCUCUCGCGCACCACGCCACUCGUUUUUAUUUGAUAAUUAUUAAUCGUCAUCAUUCAUCACUAUGUAGUAAUAACGGUAAUCUAUAUUAUUAUUAUUAUAUUAUUAUUCGAAUAUUUUUACGUCACGAUUAUAUUUUUAUUAUUAUCGCCAUUCUUCAUCCGUUUGUUGUUUAGUUAACGAUUGAGCCUUUAGUCGUUUAUAGAGAACGUGCGCGCGACAGGACGAAGAGAAUGCCGGUAGUUAGUACAUCGCGUAACACAGAUAUAUACAUAUUAACGCCUCUAAGGCAUACGGAAAACAAUUAAAAAUAAACGCGGGAAUUUGGCGAAUAUUCGAAAGGAAAGAUUUUUUUAUUCGGCUAAGUAUUUUAAAGCAAAUUAAGCAAAAUAGAUCGAAGGUCCAUUGGUCGCUCAGACCAACCGCAUUAUUAUUAUUAUUAUUAUUAUUACUACUAUUAUUAUUAUUAUUAUUAUAUUAUGUCAUAGUAGAAUUAUUGUUGUUAUUAUUGCAAUUUAUAUGACGACGUUUUCGUCGGGAUGAACGCACUGGGCGGCACGGUGGAAGAGACGUUGGCAAUGUUCAGCGGUAUUCAAUUACUGCACGCGAUUCGAAUACGCGCGUGCACGCUGCACGCGUGAAACACUCUCAAAAGCUUCGUCAAAGAGACAGAGACAGGCAGAAAGAGGUCUUCCUGUUAUUUAAUUUAUUUACGAGCGACAUCGCGAGCAUCGCGAUGGAGAGCGUCUUCCCCCGUGCCCGUCCGGCGGCCCGCGGACGGAGUCGCGCACGAAACGCGUAGUAUUUAUUUAUUUUUUCACGUUCUUAAGUUACGUAUAAGCGACAUGUAGCAAAAGUAUUAGCGCGCGUACCUAACCGAGGGAGCGGUGUUCGCGAGGGCGGCGGGGUAGGACGCGCGUCCUCAAAGCCACGUCCAAUUGGAUGAUUGCUCGAGUGUACGAUAUGCAAACUAAUCCCGGGGGAAAGUCAGUCCGACCAGGGACCACUCGCGUCCUCAAUGAAGAACACCAAGACGAACACAAAAGAACGGCACGGGAAAUCGGUCUCGCGGGAUACCAAUGAACGGGACGAAUUUUGAAACAGCUCGGCUGAUGGAAUUGUUAAAAUUUGAAAGAGUCGGUUUUGUUAACCAACUUCGAUUUCAGUCUAACUUGAUCGGGUGAGAAUAAACAUCGAGUUGGCGAUGAUAUUAUGAAGUUUAUAGUUUUUCAAUUUUGUUUUCGAGAGAUAGAGAAAUUGAUCGAACGAAUAUUUAGACCAAUUAAUGAAACCGGCCCUAAAAGUCCGAAGAUUCUGGUUCCUCUGGUUGUUUCUUGAUUUCGAGGACACGUCCUAAGAAAAUCCCGCCGUGCCUCGCGACAUCUUAUUGCCAUUCUAACCGAGAGAAUUACGAACCAUUCCAAAAUCAGUAUUGAAAUCAUUCCGUCUCUGCGAUCGUCAGGUACGGUCUUCGAGAACUCGGUCUUCGAAAGGCAAGGCUCAAAUUUGUAUAACUGCUCCGUCAUACAUUCCACUUAUUUUACAUUCAUUCGCUUGCAUUCAUUUUACAUUCAUUUGUCGCGAAGGAAAAGGCUGCGUUAACAAUAUCGUAAUAUUUAUGUCAAAAGUUUCGGCAGAGAGAAAGAUCGAGACGUGUUCAUAUUAUUUUAUAUAGAAUCAGCAUAUGUUAUCUAAGCAACGUUGCACUUUGCAUUAUUCUUUUUUUUUUUUUUUACUUUCCACGGACUUUACGUCAUUUGUGUAAGAUAUCAGAUUCACAAGUUUGACUCAUGGCCUUCGAAGUGUUUUCUCCGAAGCCGAUACUCGAGCACGCGCGUUUUUCGACGCAUUAGAAAAUCAGCGUUUUUAUUUAUGUCAAAGCAUCGUCCGAAUGACGCGCGCAAUUGUGUGCAGCAGCGUCGACAGGUGGAACUUUUUAACGUCACAAUUGCAUCGGUAUGUUUGAUGAAAAACUGAAAAACGGUAUCGCACAUGUGAACAUGUCGCGCAGAAAUACUUGUCCUGCUGUCUCUUCGCAAGAAUCUUUCUCACAAUCUCACGGAUAUCUUUUCGCGCCUCUCGGCAGAUGUAUUCGUAUCCAUAAAUAUUGUGUCCAGAGUCGUAAAAUAAAAAAAUCUCCAAAAGGAUGAGAUACGCACGAACGCUAGCAAUCUUCGCGAGAGCAAACGUCGUCGAAACCGACGAAACAGGCUCGUGGAUUUGUUUGCGAACCGAUUUAAUCCGUCAUUUCCCAUUUGACACCUGUCGAUGCGAAUUGCAAGUUGCGAUCAUGCGCGGGAAAGCACGCGUGCGUGCGUGCGUGCGUGCGUGUACGACUGUGCGGAUACGUUUUUCCUUUCAGCGUCUUCUUGUUCUUUCUCUUUUUUUUGUAGUUCUUUUUCCUUCCGAUAUGAAUGAACCCGACACGUGACGAUAUGUGUACAACUUUUACGAGACACCCCGACUUUCGCUGAACAGUUUUUGUUCACGUUUACAAACGACGGUAACGACCCGCGCGUGGGAUAUUUUUAUCUGCGCAGCACGCGACUGCACAAAUACACGCAAAAACAGGGGACGGGUGUAAUACACGCGUCCGGAGAUACAUAGGGGAAAUACUCAUGUAUGUGUGUGCGUAUAUAUAUAUACAUACACACAUGCAUAUUCACAAUACAUUACACGCGAUUAAAUUUGAGAACGAAGAUGAGAAAGGGCUGAGGAAUCGUAUCCUAUCCAAUUAAAAUAAAAUUAUAUUAUAUAUACAUAUAAUAUGUAAUGUGUAUACACCGCAUUUCGUAUAUGCAUUUCGUGCGGAUGCGUAUGACGCGCGAUAUUGUAUGUAUAUGGACAGAGAUGUGUACAAUGAGUACGAUUAACGACACGGAUAUCCAAGUCUAUUCUUGUUUUGCGUGAAUAAACGGGUGAAUCAAAAGCCAA